UUUUUAAAGUUACAAGAAGUCGAAACAAACUGCUCCCAGCCUCCCAGAAUGGCAGACCAGAAACGCCUUGCCUACUCCAUCAUCCAGUUUCUACAUGACCAGCUGCAGAACGGGGGCCUGUCUCCAGAUGCUCAGGAGAGUUUGGAAGUGGCCAUCCAGUGCCUGGAAACAGCAUUUGGGGUCUCGAUGGAAGACCAAGGCCUAGCUGUGUCCCAGACUCUUCCUGAAAUAUUCGAAGCUGCUGCAGGAAAGGAGUCUGAACACAUCAGGACAAAUUCGGAGCCCAUCACCCCCUCUGAAGAUGACAUAGCUGAAGCUGAAAGACUCAAGACUGAAGGAAAUGACCAAAUGAAGGCAGAAAACUUUGAAGCUGCUGUGUCUUUCUAUGGAAAAGCAAUUGAAUUAAAUCCAUCCAAUGCUGUGUAUUUUUGCAACAGAGCUGCUGCAUACAGUAAACUAGGAAAUUAUGCUGGAGCAGUGAGAGACUGUGAAAGAGCUAUAGGCAUUGAUCCAAACUACAGCAAAGCAUAUGGCAGAAUGGGCUUGGCCCUCUCCAGUUUAAAUAAACACACAGAAGCUGUUGUUUACUACAAAAAAGCCCUGGAGCUGGAUCCAGACAAUGACACAUAUAAAUCAAACCUUAAAAUAGCUGAACAGAAAAUGAAGGAGACUCCUAGUCCAACUGGAGGUCCGGGAGGAUUCGAUUUAGCUGGCUUGCUGAACAACCCCGGCUUCAUGAGCAUGGCAUCUAACCUAAUGAACAACCCACAAGUACAACAGCUCAUGUCCGGGAUGAUUUCUGGUGGCCACAACGCCAUGGGAGCAGCAGGCACCAGCCCCUCCACGAAUGAUCUCGCCAGCCUCAUACAAGCGGGCCAGCAGUUCGCUCAGCAGAUGCAGCAGCAGAAUCCUGAACUAAUAGAGCAGCUACGAAGCCAGAUUAGGAGUCGAACUCCAAGUGCCAGUAACGAAGAUCAGCAGGCGCAGUCCGUGGGAACUAUGUUCUUUGCUUUAAAAACUGGAAGCCAUGUGCGUGUUGCCAUUUCUUGA